AGACAGCAAAACAAAAACUCGUUAACGUAUGCCUAACAAAACAUGGUAUCCCUAGGUAGCUUUGAUUAUCGACAUUCUGAUUCGACAUAACUCUCACUAUUCAUCAUAAUCUAAAAAAGCUGCCCAAAAAGCUGCAAAAGAGGAAGAACUUGUUCCUGUUACAACAAGCACUGUAAGAGCAAUACAGUAAUAAAAAGAAUUGAGACUUGAUAAAUCAAACUCGCAUCGCAGCCAUGACGUUUUCCAAUGUGAGCCUGUGCUACAUGGGCGCUCCAGUCGUGAUCCAGGUUUUGCUCCUGCUGCAUACGGUGAUUAACAACUGCUCCUUAGUAGCUGCCGAUCCACAGUACCAGCAGUCUAGUACUCCUAGUACUCCAGUGCCUGUCGGAAAAAUCGGAAGCAAGUCGUUUCUUUCGAUUGCUUCACUACCACAAGAUUUUGGCGAGGUGCCAUCCGCGGCGCAGUGCCGAAACAACCCCGGGUGUGUAUUGACAGGAAAAAUCCCCCCUCCCCAUAUUGAAAAGGUACGUUUCCAAGAAUUUGUGUUGCGGAUUUGAGGUCACAAAUCACGUCUGUCUUGCAAGAAGACAAGGGCAGAAGCUUCCGCCCCAUUAUGGAAGCGGUUUGUCAUGCUGUUGGGCCUAAAGGGGGGCCGUUUGCCAUGCUGCACUACUAGACCCAUACGCCCCUACCUAGCCUGGGGAUCUGGCCGCAGUGCCUCUCUGCAAUACAAAGCUGAUUUGUGGCCACAAAUCAGCAUCACAAAUUUCCGUUUUGAUAUGGGGAGGGGGGACUUUUCAUUUUGAUAAUGUGUCGCAGUGGGUCUCACGGGAGACAACGCUUGCUGUCCGGUCAACGGAGUGUUUCUCGUAGCCUGUGCGAAAACGUUUUUAUCAUCCCCCGACUGUGGCCUGUUUGUGAAGAUGAACAUGAUGUAUCAACAUAAUAUUGCAUGAGCAUGAUAAGAUGCUUAAGUAAUAUGCAUAUGGACAUGGAGGAAUAGAACGCGAUUUUGUGUCGUGCAGUGAUAUGAUGCAUUCUCCUACGAGGACGAGAAGGUCUUGUUUUCUAUUUUGGUGUUUCCGUAUGGUGCUUGUCAGGUGCAGCGUAGACACGACGUAUAAUCGCGCCAGAACUCCUUGAUUUGUAUCACUGCAGAUGAAGGAAGAAGAUGAUGGUGAACUCACACCUGUUUCUCUUUCUCGGCCACUGGUGGGUAAUAGAAGCGUUUUUUAUUUCCCUAGGAUAUCUCGCCUGCUGCAAUCAUCCGGGCCCCGCACCGGGUCCUCCAGUCCCGCCACCAGCCCCGCCGGUGCCGCAACAGCCGCCCCAGCCGGCCGGGCCGUUGCCAGACGAGAAAGAUACGAUUGCCACGAUCUCAUUGAACGUACACGACCACAGUGGAAUAGUGGCUGAGCAAAUUACCAUGCUGAAGCAACUGAUCGGGCUGCAGCCGAACCAGUAUCCUAGAAAAAGCCACCAUGAUGAUCCCUAUUAAUUAAGUACCUUCACAAAAUGCGAAAACACAUGAAAAUGGAAAUGCAAAUGUAGGAGCUGCCUACUAUGUAGAAAUAUGCGCACUGCAAAAGCAUAGAGGGGGGGGUCAGGGUGAUUUUCUCUGCGAUAACCUGGUCGCGGAUUUCAUUGUGUUUCAAGAAGCGAACUCCUACAUGAAUCUAUCUAAAAAGAAAAUUGCCUGCAAGCAUAGCGCAGUACUCAAAUGAAUAUCAAAGGAAUAGUACGACAGACAGGAGCUGCAGCGCCACUUUCUCACAUCAACAUAAAGAGAUAUGCGAUGCUGAGCCAGCUUCUCGUGCCCUUCUUAGCCCCAUUAGCAUGUAGAUGAUAUUAGUAGUAGAAGACCACUGGUGUGCACCAAGGGUGUGCUAUGCUUUCGCUUUUUUCUCCGUGAUACGGCAUUGACCAAGUUCUCAACGGAGCCACGGACGACAAAAACGUCUGGGCCCUGGACCGCACCAGCCGGUUGAAGGAUCCGACCAAGACCCCGGUGACCGCCUGUGCAUACGUCUAUCCCGCAACGUGCCCACCCGCCACCUCCUGCGUCGGCGUCCGGGGCCCGCCCGGAGACUGCACCUGGUGGCAGGUGCAAGGAAUCGCGAUUGCGUACAACCAGAAGCGGUGGAACUUGGUGCCUGACAGUUUCUACGGCGUUCCCGUCGAAGAGGGAUAUGACGACCGGUACGGCCAACGGCGGUCGAUCGCAGUCGCGCGCUUCGUGCGUCGCGAAGAUCCCGAACGGUACAUUACGGUCUCCACGAUCCAUGGGCCUCUACCAAAUCGACAACUGAAAUGGGGCGAGAUUGAAGACAUUAUUGUCGAGCACGCGUUCGAUGGUACCACUACCACCAAAGGACCCGCGGGGCAGCUCCCGAAAUUGAACAUUUUUGCGGGCGAUUGGAAUGACCUCGUGGCUCGCAAGUAUGAGCUGAGAGCCAACGUUAACGCCGUUGUGGCGAACUCCUUCUGGGCGUACGAUGGCGCAAAAGACCCCGAGCCGAUAAUGACCGGCUUCGACAAUAUGCUAGUCGCGACGCCACGAAAUCUUCCCUCUGGGUGGACUCCAUCGGAGUUAUCUCAGUGCACAACCCCCUCUCCUGGGCCCCCUCAACAUUGGUCAUGUUGCACAAUACCAACAAGACCACAUAAUUUAUCAGAACCCCGAACAGUGCUGCAACAAUCCGUGUGCGGAUUCGACGUCAUGUGAAUGCUACUUGAUACAAGAGGACUGGGUUGUUUUAUUCUCCUGCAGCUACUGGUCGUGCGUUUAUUGUUUAAGUAUUCACCUGAGGGGAACUACAAGGGGGAGUUGUGCACAGUCACACGGACGGAUCUGGAAGCACUUUGUGGUUAACGUCGCGGCCACGGAUCACACCAUCACCAGUGCGAUGAUAGAGAUCACAAAGUAAAAAUGUCGCCAGCACCGGUGCUGACUUCGAAGAUAGGCCUGCGCACAUCAAACACAUUUCUCAUACGACGAAGGACGUCCAGGGAUAUAAUGUUAAUGGGAGAGAGACAGUUCUUUAUAGUGCUUUUCACAAUCUCUUGCUGGUUUUCAUUGAUCGUCUUCAUCUGAAUGUCAGCAUCAAUCACCGCCGUGACUUCGCAGUAAAUCAGUUCGAGCACCGAAAUUGAAAUAUCAAGUCGUCGAGAAGUCGCAGAAUAUCAUUGCUGACGAGAUGAUCAUUACGUACGUUUAUGAGCCUAUCGUUCUUGGUUUUGGCGCGUCCACCUGGUGCUGAAGGUCGGAUAAUCUCGCAGCUUUUUCACUGGUUUUACCAAUUCUAGUCAUUGUUAUGUAUGAUGUACUCUACUUAGGCUCUUGCUAGUUUGUAGCAGUCCGACUGCUCAGAAUCAUACAGCACUUUUUUCCCAUGUUGGAAAAGAGAAAAAAGCACUCCGCCACUUCCCGUUCUUCCUGGGAGAUCGUGGUUUUUUUUUUCCUUUUCGUGUUUGUUCACGCCUGAAAAGAUUUCUCUGGGUGUGCUAACAAAAAGUGAUGAAUUAUUCGUACAACUACUCCCAGUUUCGACGUAUAUUCUGCAGGUAACAGAAUUCCUAUUCUAGCAGAAGUUUUGAUGAAAUACCAGCAUGGCUGCGCUGCUCAAUGAUAGGACAGCUUUUAGUUUUACCGACGUGGUAAAUUGGAGACGAGGCGGGCCUUGCUCAAGGAUUUGAGGACAAAAACCAUCUCGAUCAUUUGAUGAAAAAAGAUAGCGAUGAAUUUUUAUCAAGAAUAAAGAUGAGCUUUAUCCAAUAGAAGUAAAAGCGCAAACCAC